CGGGACGCCUCACGCGGGCCUUCAUUCGUUUUGCUCGCUUCAAUCGAUACUCUUCUGUGAUAUACUUCAAGUCUUUUAUCAACUGUAACCAGCUAAUUACUAUAAGAUGGCUGAACAAAUGGAAACUGAUGGAGGAGAGUUGGAGACUUUCGCUUUCCAAGCUGAAAUUGCUCAGCUUAUGUCUUUAAUUAUCAACACCUUUUAUUCUAAUAAGGAAAUAUUCUUGAGAGAACUCAUAUCGAAUUCCAGUGACGCCCUUGACAAGAUUCGUUACGAAUCAUUGACUGAUCCAACCAAACUUGAUAGCGGCAAAGAAUUAUUUAUCAAAAUUAUUCCUAAUGAAAAUGAUGGAACUCUUACUAUCAUUGAUACUGGAAUUGGUAUGACAAAGGCUGAUUUAGUCAAUAAUCUUGGUACCAUUGCCAAAUCUGGUACAAAGGCUUUCAUGGAAGCUCUUCAAGCUGGUGCUGAUAUUUCCAUGAUUGGUCAAUUUGGUGUAGGAUUUUAUUCUGCUUACUUGGUAGCUGAUAAAGUAACGGUCGUAUCUAAGAGCAAUGACGACGAACAAUAUUUAUGGGAAUCCAGUGCUGGAGGCUCGUUCACUGUUAGACGAGACACUGGUGAACCAUUGGGACGUGGUACCAAAAUUAUUCUUCACAUCAAGGAAGAUCAAUCUGAAUAUUUGAAGGAAGCUAAGAUUAAAGAAAUUGUUAAGAAGCACUCUCAAUUCAUUGGCUAUCCGAUCAAAUUAGUAGUACAAAAGGAACGUGAAAAGGAAUUGAGCGAAGAUGAGGAUGAAGUAGAGGAAGAAAAGAAAGAAGACGAGGAGGGAAAACCAAAGGUUGAGGAUGUUGGCGAAGACAAAGAAGAGGAAGAUAAAGAAAAGAAAAAGAAGAAGAAGACCAUCAAAGAAAAAUAUUCUGAAGAUGAAGAACUUAACAAAACCAAACCUAUUUGGACUCGUAAUGCAGAUGAUAUUACCCAGGAGGAAUAUGGUGAAUUUUACAAAUCAUUGACUAACGAUUGGGAAGAUCAUCUUGCGGUUAAGCAUUUCUCUGUUGAAGGACAAUUGGAAUUCAGAGCUUUGCUCUUUGUUCCUCGUCGUAUGCCAUUCGACUUAUUUGAAAAUAAGAAAAGGAAGAAUAACAUCAAAUUGUACGUACGCCGAGUAUUUAUCAUGGACAAUUGUGAAGAAUUGAUCCCUGAAUACUUGAAUUUCAUUAAGGGAGUAGUUGACAGCGAAGAUUUGCCAUUGAAUAUCUCUCGUGAGAUGUUGCAACAAAAUAAAAUUCUUAAGGUUAUCAGGAAGAAUCUCGUGAAGAAAUGUUUGGAACUGUUUGAGGAAUUAACUGAAGACAAGGAUUCUUAUAAGAAGUUCUACGAACAAUUCAGCAAAAACAUUAAAUUAGGUAUUCAUGAGGAUAGUACUAAUCGCAGCAAAUUGGCAGAUUUAUUGAGGUAUCAUACAUCUGCAUCUGGAGAUGAAGCUUGCUCUCUCAAGGACUAUGUUGGUAGAAUGAAGGAAAAUCAGAAACAUAUUUACUUUAUUACUGGAGAAAGCAAAGAGCAAGUUGCCAACAGUUCAUUCGUAGAACGUGUCAAGAAGCGUGGUUUUGAAGUAGUUUAUAUGACUGAACCAAUUGAUGAAUACGUUGUACAGCAAUUGAAAGAAUUCGAUGGCAAACAACUUGUAUCCGUUACCAAAGAAGGUUUAGAACUUCCAGAGGAUGAGGAAGAGAAGAAGAAGAGAGAGGAAGAUAAGGCUAAAUUCGAAAACUUGUGCAAGGUUAUGAAGACUGUUCUUGAUAACAAAGUAGAAAAAGUAGUCGUAUCUAACAGAUUGGUUGAUUCACCAUGUUGCAUCGUUACAUCCCAAUACGGUUGGACUGCAAAUAUGGAAAGAAUAAUGAAGGCACAGGCACUUCGUGAUACAUCAACCAUGGGUUAUAUGGCUGCUAAGAAACAUCUUGAAAUUAAUCCAGAUCAUUCGAUCAUCGAAACUCUACGCCAAAAAGCUGAAGCUGACAAAAAUGACAAGGCUGUUAAAGAUUUAGUCAUUCUUCUAUAUGAAACUGCAUUACUUUCAUCUGGUUUUACUUUGGAUGAACCACAAAUCCAUGCAUCCAGAAUUUAUAGAAUGAUUAAGUUAGGUCUUGGCAUCGAUGAGGAUGAUUCUAUGCAAGAAGAACUAAAAAUAGACGAAGUAGUCCCUCAAGUAGAAAGUAACGAAACGGAAGAUGCAUCCCGAAUGGAAGAAGUAGAUUAAAUAUUCUUAACAAAUUUUAAAGGUUAUGGCAUUGUGUCAUAGUAUAGACAAAGACUGUUCAGAUCAAAG